UACCGUACCGAUAUUGCAUUUUAUUAUGCGAACAGCCCAUGUGCCAGAUUUUUGUCCAUGUAGGUCACCCACCCAUGCCAUGGUCAGUUUGCAAUCCGUACUGCUAUUAAUUUUAUUUCAAUCAAUUGCAUUAGUCGACCGUCACCCAUAACAACAAUGAGAUCCUUUGCCUUUCUAGUGGUUAUUCUCUGUCUACUAGCAAUAAGCCACACAGUGCGGUUGAACAACGCAAAACCACCGCUACUAAUUCGCCUGGGAUUUUUAAACCCCCAACCCUCCGUUAGUAAAUUCCCGCCGGUACUCGAGUUCGUCGUCCAGCAAAUCCAAUCGUACUUUUCCAAUUAUGUUUACGAAGAUUUGAGUCGACCGGCCACGUGGGAUACGCAGGUGUACACCACCGAAGUGCCGCCGGAUGAAGUUCCAAUUGAAGCGGUGAGUCAAAACGAAACAAUUGUUUAUAACGUUACCGGCGUCGGCGAAGGAAAUGUGACGGUUAGUGUGGACGAAUAUGAGGAAGAGGAUCCGGACGGCGUCGAGCCGGUCGAGUUGCUUUUCGAGAAAAUUCCAAUAAAUCCCGAAAGUUUUAAUAUGUCAAAACAAGCAGUGGCAACUAAUAAUUCUAAUAUUUAUGUGGGGGUAGUUGUCAUUAAUAUUGCAAAUGCUAACGUCAGUAUAAGAAAGAGUCAAAAUGGAGGAGGCGAAACAAAAAAUUCAUCAGUGUAGUGGUUAUACUAUCCAUCAAAAGUUGUAGUUUGGGAGGAGGCACCCCAAGAGGAUGCUAAAAUGUGGAAGAAUUGUGAAAUGGUGGUAGCGGCGAAGGCAGCACCUGACAACCCUUUAAAUAGAGUUAGUUCUUCUGUUCAGGUACAGACUUGAGAUAAAAAAUAUAGGGUUUCCUCAAGAUGAUGAUGAUCCUACGUGGAAACGGAUUUUUAGACCAAACAUAAUAUUCUCCAUAUUUCAUCACUUUAUUUAAUUCGCAACUCCCUCCCUUACUAUAAACCAAAAUUGUACAACGUUACUUGUACAUGUAUUUCGUAGAUCGCUGUCAUGGAUUUACAUUAGUUUAUUAUUUAAGAUUAAUUGUAUAGAACAAUCCGAAAUUUGUUAAGUUAGGUCCUUUUUA